UGUCAGGAAAGGUGAGUGUCCGUCUUUCCCGUCACAAGAGGGGGCAGGAAGCAGGAGGAGAAGGCGGAGUUUCAUAUCAGAAAGCCACGUGCAUGCCUAGAUGUGCUUUGUGCUGUAAGGUGAAGGGAAAAUAAGCGGACGUCAGACAAUAAUAACAAGAAGGGGAGACUUUGAGGUUGCUCAAGGGUCAUUGAGGUGGAUGGAAAUGGGGAGGUGUUAUUAAAAAGUAUAAAGAAGUAGUUAGGAGGUGAGUGUGCGAGAAAAUCCUGCUCUGGAAAGAGGAGGAGGAGGAGGAAGAAGAGGAGGAGGAAUCGCUUCCUGGUGAAGAGUCGCAGUGAGCCACAGACACUACAGAGACUGGCAGUGCAAUUGGAGGCUGUCUGCAGCACUCACUGACUGACAGAAGAAGGAAGAGGAGGAGGAGCAGGAGGUGAGAACUGUGUGUGAAGACCAGCUUCUUCAUCUGGACAGAGAGCGACGAUUGAAACGAAGAACGUAAGCGUGUUCUCGUUAAGGAAAUUAACAAGAAGAAUAAUUGCAUCAUGGCUGUCCAGCUCAUGCCCGAAUCGGCUGUGUGUUUGCUCAUGAUGACGGAGGGGAGGCGAUGUCAGGUCCAUCUCCUGGAUGACAGGAAGCUGGAGCUCCUUGUGCAGCCCAAGUUAAUGGCUAAGGACCUCCUGGACCUGGUAGCCUCUCACUUCAACCUCAAGGAGAAGGAAUACUUCGGAAUUGCAUAUACAGACGAAACGGGCCAUUUUAGUUGGCUGCAGCUGGACCGCAGGGUAUUAGAACAUGAAUUCCCCAAGAAAUCAGGGCCUAUUGUCCUCUACUUCUGUGUCAGGUUCUACAUAGAGAGUAUAUCAUACUUGAAAGACAACGCCACCAUUGAGCUUUUUUUCCUCAAUGCCAAGUCCAUCAUCUACAAGGAGCUCAUUGAAGUGGACAGCGAUGUCAUCUUUGAGCUGGCUUCCUAUAUUCUCCAAGAGGCUAAAAGUGAUUUUACCAGUAACGACGCAACCAGGUCUGACCUAAAGAAGCUCCCUGCUCUGCCCACUCAGGCCCUAAAGGAGCAUCCGUCCCUGGCCUACUGUGAGGAGCGGGUCAUCGAGCACUACAAGAAGCUCAACGGACAGUCCAGAGGACAAGCUAUCGUAAACUACAUGAGCAUUGUGGAGUCCCUGCCCACAUAUGGAGUACAUUACUACGCCGUAAAGGAUAAGCAGGGGAUCCCAUGGUGGCUGGGACUGAGCUAUAAAGGCAUAUUUCAGUAUGACCAUCAGGACAAAAUCAAGCCUAGAAAGGUGUUCCAAUGGCGUCAGCUGGAGAACCUCUAUUUUCGAGAGAAGAAGUUCUCCGUGGAAGUUCAUGACCCCAGGAGUAGGGCGUCGGUGACACGCAGGACGUUUGGCCACAGCGGCAUCGCGGUGCAUACCUGGUACGCCUGUCCGGCCCUCAUCAAGUCCAUCUGGGCCAUGGCCAUAAGCCAACACCAGUUCUAUCUGGACCGCAAGCAGAGCAAGUCUAAAAUCCACGCAGCACGCAGUCUGAGCGAAAUUGCCAUCGACCUCACUGAAACGGGAACGCUGAAAACGUCCAAACUGGCCAACAUGGGCAGCAAAGGCAAAAUUAUCAGUGGGAGCAGUGGCAGUCUACUCUCAUCAGGCUCUCAGGAAUCCGACAGCUCCCAAACAGCCAAGAAGGACAUGCUGGCUGCGCUGAGGGCCCGCCAGGAAGCACUGGAGGAAACGCUGAAGCAGAGGCUUGAGGAGCUCAAGAACAUCUGCAUCAGAGAGGCUGAGCUGACAGGGAAACUUCCCAAGGAAUACCCUCUAGACCCAGGCGAGGAAGCUCCCACAGUGAGGCGAAAGAUCGGUACUGCCUUCAAAUUGGAUGAGCAGAAGAUUCUUCCAAAGGGGGAGGAAGAAGAGCUGGAACGGCUGGAGCGGGAGUUCGCCAUUCAGUCACAAAUUACCGAGGCCGCCCGGCGCCUGGCCAGCGACCCGCACGUGAGCAGCAAGAAGUUGAAGAAGCAGAGGAAGACAUCUUAUCUCAAUGCGCUCAAGAAGCUACAGGAGAUCGAGAACUCCAUCAAUGAAUAUCGAAUUCGCUCUGGAAAGAAGCCCACGCAGAGGGCUUCGCUUAUAAUUGAAGAGGCCAACAUCGGCUCCGAAGAUAGCUCUCUGUCUGACGCUCUGGUCCUGGAUGAUGACGACCCCCAAGUGACAGGCACCCCCAACUUCUCACCGAUGGCGUCGCCCCACAAGGGCCUCCCCCCGCGUCCACCGUCUCACAGUCGUCCUCCGCCACCGCAGUCCCUGGACGGGCUGCGACACCUGCACUUCGGUCGCGCCGACUAUGACAAAUCGCCCAUCAAGCCCAAAAUGUGGAGCGAAUCUUCGCUGGACGAGCCGUAUGAAAAAGUCAAGAAGCGCUCCUCACACUCCAGUCACAGAAGAUUCCCAAGCUCUGGCAGCACAGAAGCGGGCGGUAGCAACUCUCUGCAAAGCAGCCCCAUCAGGAGUCUCCCUCAGUGGAACUCUCAGUCCAGCAUGCCGUCCACACCGGACCUGAGGACCCGGACGCCACACUACGUACAUUCCACCAGGUCAGUGGACAUCAGUCCCACACGUCUGCACAGUCUCGCUCAGCACUUUAGGAACCGCAGCUCCAGCUUGGAGUCCCAGGGCAAGCUCCUGACGUCAGACCCAGACCCACACUCGCACGGCCUGGGCACGCUGGGAAGCCCAGACUUUUUCCUGGGCCCCACGCGGACCUCUAACGGCUCCGAUCCACUGGACGACUGCUCCUCCUGCACCAGCCAGAGCAGCUCAGAGCACUUCUACCCGGCCGGCGGGUCCUUAGUGCCCGGUAGCAACCCUAACUACUCAACCCUCGGGGAGGACUCGCCGUCCAAAGCCAGGCAGCGACAGAGGCACAGGUCCGCCGGUCACCUGGGGUCAUCCAACUCGGGCUCCAUGCCAAAUCUGGCGGCUAAGAACGGUUCGGUUGGGGGUUUAGGCGGAGGUGGCAUCGGCGGUGGACAACAUGGCGUAUACCUCCACAGCCAGAGCCAGCCGUCCUCACAGUACCGCAUCAAAGAGUACCCGCUGUACGUGGAGGGUAGCCCCAACCCGGUGGUGGUGCGCAGCCUAGAGAGUGACCAGGAGGGCCACUACAGCGUGAAGGCCCAGUUCAAGACCUCCAGCUCCUACACGGCUGGGGGACUGUACAAGGAGGCCUGGGGAGGGGAGGAGGGCAGCGAGGGCGCUGGCCGACUAACGCCGUCCCGCUCGCAGAUUGUACGGACUCCGUCGCUGGGGCGCGAGGGGAGCGGCGGAGGAGGGGGCAGAGCGGCCGUGUCGGAAGAGUUGCGCUGCUGGUACCAGAGGUCAUCCGGGAGUCUGAAGGAGAGGAGUCACUCCCACUCAGUAUCUGCCUCAUCUGAAACAGGGUCACAGCAAGGCACGCUGGGACAUGGACGGGGCAGCCGGGUGGGAACGCUCGUUAAGUGUUCACCAGUGGCGUCCCCACACAGCCAAAGGAGUAUGACACCCUCCAGCGAGCAGGCGGCCACGCCCACGCCCCCCUGCAGUCCACAGCACAUCCUCAACUGGCAAAGCGGGUCCUUCAGCGACAGCUGCUUCCUGGGCAGCACCUCCUGUUCCGAACUGGCGGAUGUGCAGUGGUACAGACGGGACAAGGCCAAACCUGGAACCCUGGUCUGAGACUUUCCCGGACCCCUCCCCCAGGCCCCUUGCUCUGCAUCACCACUCAAAACAGCCAUACAUGGCACUCCUUCCAAUCCCCCUCUACCCUCGGGACGCAAGCUACAGGGCCGAGUGGAUGUCACAAAGAAAGAGAGAGCGAGAGAGCACUGUCUUGUGUGUUUCAAAGUCCCCCCGAAGAGGAUUCCUGCUGGUUUUGAGCCACCAGUCCUAAAAACCCGUAUCAGUGUGUAUGUUUCCGGAUUCCCAUUCAGCUUUUAUUUUCCCUUGCAUAUUUAUUAUCAAACAUAGAGAAGACAAAUUUCCUCAAGAAGAAAAAAACAAAACAAAACAAAACUAUGUUGCAAAGAUUUAUGACAAGAAAACCUUCACCCAGAUUUUAGCCUACAGGCUGGAUGGACUGAUAGGUCGCAGCUACAGCAAUAACAAAGAUUGUUGGAUUUGUUCUUGCAAGAGAGACCGCCAACUGUGUCGUUUGCCGAGGAUUUGCAAAUUUGGGGCUUUUGACGUCCGUUCGGCGCUCUUUGGAGCGGCCUCACUCUCAUCAUUUCCUGUCCGUCACUUCCUAAUUAGUGUUGCAAAAUUGCGGGAUUUUUUUUCUCAUUUUCCAUGGGAAUUAACAGAAGUAAAACACAAAGUUACAAGAUUCAAGAUAAAUUGUAUUUAGCAUAAUUAUGACCAAAAUAACCAAACUUGAUUUUUAUUUUUUUUUUAUUUGAUCUAUUGUGCUACAGUCCAAAUUUUGGAGUCACAAAUGAAAGUUGGCCUCUCAAGUCAAAUAAAAAAAUAAAAGUGGAGCAAUACAGGACUGUAAACUGUAAUAUUUUAGCAUGUGGGCAAGAAGAGCCACCUACUGUAUUUUCCAUGGCAUUCCUCUUGCAGCAAAACAAAAAUGGUUAGAUUAAAGCGUUUUAUGCUACUUUCGAUUCAAGUUGCCAAUUGGAAUUUAAUUCCCCUGGAAAUUGACCACCAACAUUGCACCCCAUUCGAACCUCAUCACUCAGUUGCAAUCCCCGCCUGGAUACUCUACUGGAUACAGAUUGGGAUUGCUUUGUAGAGCAAGGCAGCGCUUGCUGUUUCUCACAUAACAAAAGUAUUGGGACACUCGGUCAUUAUAAACACAGGAAGUAGUACAGUAGGUGUAGUCAUCAUUGAUGCUCCACAACGAUUGCUUGAAAACAGCUUGAUUCGUCUGAUAUGACGACUUUUUUUUUCCUGACUCAUUAAUAUUAAUACUUCUUACUCUAAAAUGAAGGCUGAUUUCUUGGAAAAAUAGAAUUUAAUCAUCGUGAGAUUAUAACCAUCUCUUGAAAUGUAACUCUAAUAUUGUAUUAGUUGUCUUUGUUUUUCUGUUUAAAAAAAAGUACAUCUCAUAAGAUUUACCUUAAAAAAAAUAUGUUUUUAAUUCAACUUAAGGGUGUUUUUUUCCAUUAAAAAAAGGCAACACUUAAUUUUAUGAGAUUAAUACUUAUUUUCUGAAAAAAAGUGCAAUGUCAUAAUUUUUCUUUUGAAGAUAUACAGUAUAACUAAUGUGGAAAUAUUGAGAAAAGUUGAUUUCACGUAAAAUUAAUAUAUUUUUUUUCUUGGACAAAAAUGCACAUUCAAAUCUCAAUUUUAUGAAUUUUUGUUUAAAAAAUUCAUUUUAAAAUGUCUUAAAAUUUUUUAUGAAUUUUUCAUAAAAAGAUACAAUUUGAUUCUCAUAAAGUUUAAAAAAAUGUUUUUUUUAAUUGAAAUUUUAUUAGAAUAUAACAGUAUUCAUAUUUUUUCCUUGGGGAAAAUUUGAAUUUAAGUUUAUAAAAUAUUCUCAUAAGAUGAACAUUUUAUUUUUUUGGUUGGGGGUUUAAACAAAAAUGUUGCAAUAUUUUACUCCUGCCAACCCCCCCCCCCCACCCCACCCCUUUUGCGGCAAUCCAGUGGGAAACGACUGCAAGAUCAUCAGCGUUAACUACUGCUAACUGACUUACUACUUCGUUGUACACUAAGAAUGCCUCUAAACCUAUCAGAGGUGUGUCCCAACACUUGUGUCCAGGGCCUGUACGCGCACACACACCCACGCACACACACACAUAGUAGAGGUCAAAACACGUGUAUUUAAGAGUGCUACAGUUUUUAAUUUUUUGGCAACAUUAAAGUGGUCGCUGGAGGCCUUGAAAAAAGGCAGCCAGGCAGAUUUGCUCAAAGCACAAUGUCACAUCGACUCCCAGACAUGUCAACAGGAAAGCUAUUAAGCAGGGUACACACUCGGGCAAUCUUUAAAAGUUCUUAACCUAUUUUUACAAUGUGAGAGAGAGCGAGCGCACACGGCGUGCACAAAAAUCAUCCUUUUACUGUGUGUGUGGUGUGCAUCAAAUAACCAACACAGGAUGAGACACAUGUAACCAUAUUUGUUGCAGUACUGUGGCUGACCUGUGAGAGGCAGCGUGAAAAUCCAAAGAAUAACAAGCAAGCAUCGCUCGUAACUUCAGCUGUCCCAUUUCACGUCAAAAUUGCAGAAUACUUAAUGGUUUGCGAUUGUAAUUAUUGUACACGUUUAACAUUUAAGAUUUUACAAGCUGACUGAGGGAGGAAAAUCACUCUGUCCACACCACGUAAGAUAAUCACUCAGGAUAUUAUUUUGGAGAUAUCCUUUGCCGACUUUAAUACGAAGCCGGUUGUGGGCACAAAUUGAAUGCAAUUAUCGCUAUGUGUAUAUCCUGCGUUACACACAUCACACCACAGGUCACUCGGUCAAUUUAACCGUCAUCUAAAUAUUGCUCUUGCUUUUGCUGGCUUUGAUUGCAAAGGAAAAAAAAAAAACUAAAAACUGGUCAAAUUGUUGGUAUGUGUGUACCCUGCUUAAAACACCUCACACCACGGGAUAAUCAGACAGGAUAAUCAUUGUGAGACAUCUGAUCAUCGAACCUUACUGACUUUGAUUAGAAGGGAGGAAAAAUGCUCAAUUUGGCACGAUUGUCGAUUUGAGCAUCAUCCUUUACACAGUCUACACCACAGGAUUAUCGGUCAGGAUAAUCAUUUUUAUCAGACAUUUGAUAAUCAGGCGUUUGCUGAAUUUGAUCAGAAAGGAGGAAAAAUACGCACAUUUGUUCUUGUUGUUGGUAUCCGUUACCUGUUUUUACACAUAUGACACCACAGGAUAAUUGUUUGGAGACAUCUGAUAAUUCGGCCUUGACUGACUUUGAAUGGAGGGUAAAUGCUCAAAUUUGGUCAGAUUAUCAUAAAGUGUAAAUGAAGGAUUUAAAUGCAACAGGACAGGGUUAGAAAAGCACAGUUUGCAGCACCGCCAGCAUCGUGUUACAUUUUUUGCACAACAACAGACCGACCAUAUCCGAUUUUGUCGUGUCAAGUUUCGAUCGGUGCUCAUUUUCCUCACUUUCAGACCCAUCGCAACAUCUACGUGCUACCAUUAGGUUCCCAAAUUCCAAAUAUGUGAAAGCAUCCUAGUCUCACAUCAUCCCUCGUGCAUGCCAUUGAAGACGAAAGCCCCCCAACCCAAGCAAUCUACAUCCACCCCCAAGAUACGGUGGCCCUGAAUGACCUUUGUUCAAAUGUCGAAAGCCCAGUGUCAUUCAGUGCAGCCUCCUCCCUCUAACCCUGUGUUAAUCCAAGCCAAGAGAAUUUCAACUCACUUAAAGAGGCUUGACAUUGUUUUAUUUGGAUUUUGAAUACUGACUCUUUUCAACAAUGUUCCCCUCACCGUUGUUGUUUUUUUUUUUCUUGUCUAUCCCGGUGCUACACUAGUUAACAUGAUACCAUUGCCCCAUAGAGUCAGUCCAUCCAAUCCCAGUUGAUUUUAACACACAGCAUACAAAUAGAGCAUGUAACUGUUAACAUGAAUACAUUUAAUGUGCUGUAGGAAAACAAGUGUGGAAUAUGAUUAUACUGGGGGGGGGGGGCACAGGGGCGGACAAUAAUAAUGAUGAUAACUGAAUUCCACAGUUAAUUUAUUCUUUUCUAAUAAAAAUUUGUAUAGUAACUUUUUUCAAAAAGUGUGUCAUUGGAAAAUGCGGUGAGGAAUUUUUUUCAGAAACGCUGUCUUUGGUUCCGGAGAUGAACACAAAUAAAUUAUUGAUGAAUGUU